AUGGACUUCAGCGGGCUGGAGGAGUGGCCCGACAAGAUCCUGACCAUGCAGAACAACUGGAUCGGAAAGAGCACCGGAGUCGAUAUCAGUUUCGAUAUCUCGUCCCUGGGCCUGGAAGAACGGGAAAUCCCCACUUUCACCACCCGUAUCGACACCAUCUUCGGCGUAACCUUCCUGGUGUUGGCGCCGGAACACCGGCUCGUUGAUCAGAUCACGACGCCGCAACACAGAUCGGAGGUGGAACAAUAUGUGGCACAGGCCCGCAGUACCUCCGAAAUAGACCGGCUCUCUGCUGACAAGGAAAAGACCGGGGUAUUCACUGGCAGCUACGCUGUAAACCGCCUCAACUACGAGCGGGUGCCCAUAUUCAUCAGCGACUACGUUCUGAUGACCUACGGGACAGGCGCAGUUAUGGGAGUGCCGGCCCACGAUGCCCGUGAUUUCGACUUCGCCCGGCAGGUCAUCGCUCCCAUUUCGUGGGAUGGCAGUGAUCUGAUGGAGGCCUACCUGGGCGACGGCUUCAUGACCUCCUCUGGCCCUUACGACGGCAUGACCAACGAGGAAGGCGUCGAGGCCAUCUCCGAUGAUGUGGAAAAGCACGGCUGGGGCAAACGGGCCGUGUCGUACCGCAUCCGGGACUGGCUCAUAUCAAGGCAGCGGUAUUGGGGCACGCCCAUACCAAUGAUCUAUUGCGAGAGCUGCGGGGUGCUGCCCGUAAGGGAAGAGGACCUGCCAGUGCUCCUCCCCUCGGAUGCCGAGUUCAAACCCACCGGAGAGUCACCCCUGGUGGCCAGCGCCGACUUUGUCAACACCACAUGCCACGGCUGCGGCGGCCCGGCGAAACGGGAAACCGACACCAUGGACACGUUCAUGGACUCGUCCUGGUACAUGAUGCGCUAUCUCAGCCCUCAUUUUUCCGAUGGUCCGGUUGACCCGGAGGUGGCCAAGGCGUGGCUCCCCGUCGACCAGUACACCGGUGGGGCGGAGCACGCGGUAAUGCACCUCUUGUAUUCCCGCUUCUUCAUCAAGGCGCUCUAUGACAUGGGGAUGGUGGAUUUCGAAGAGCCGUUCCUGCGCCUGUUCAACCAGGGUGUGAUCUUGGGGCAGGACCACGAAAAGAUGAGCAAGAGCCGGGGCAACGUCGUCAACCCCGACGAUGUCGUGGGCGUGAUGGGGGCCGACGCGGUCCGCUGCUUCCUGAUGUUCAUCGGCCCUUGGGAUCACGGUGGCCCCUGGAGUGGUGAGGGCAUCAACGGCAUCGCCCGCUGGCUGAACCGGGUGUGGGACAUUGCCACGCGCGACGCUGCGGCGCUGGAUGGCUCUGGCGGGUCCGCUUCCAGGGAGACCCGGCGGAUGCUGCACCAGACCGUUCGAAAGUGCUAUGGCGACUUGGACCGGUUCAAGUUCAACACCGCCAUCGCCUCGAUGAUGGAGCUUACCAACCACCUCAACAGGGUCUGGUCCGACCAGAGUGUCGAACCUGAACUGUGGAGUGAGUGUGUGGAAAAACUGCUCUUGAUGCUUGCUCCCAUGGCCCCCCACAUGACCGAAGAACUCUGGGAACGCUCUGGCCGUGGGUACAGCAUUCAUCAACAGGACUUCCCGGGCUGGGACGACGACCUGGCCGCAGACGAGGUAUUCACGCUGGUUGUGCAGGUCAACGGCAAGGUGCGCGACAAGCUGGAAGUGCCGGUUUGGCAUUCCUGA